AUGCGUCAAAUCCUCCACAUCCAGGGUGGUCAAUGCGGCAACCAAAUCGGUGCUAAAUUCUGGGAAGUCGUUUGCGCCGAACACGGCAUCGAUCCAACCGGACGCUACACCGGCGACUCAGAUCUUCAACUAGAGAGGAUCGAUGUUUACUACAACGAAGCAAGUGGUGGCCGCUUCGUUCCCAGAGCGGUUCUCAUGGAUCUUGAACCGGGUACCAUGGACAGUAUCCGGUCUGGACCCUACGGUCAGAUCUUUAGACCGGAUAACUUUGUGUUUGGUCAGAGUGGUGCUGGGAAUAACUGGGCGAAAGGUCACUAUACUGAAGGCGCUGAACUCAUUGAUUCUGUUCUUGAUGUUGUUCGCAAGGAAGCUGAGAACUGUGAUUGCUUGCAGGGUUUUCAAGUGUGCCAUUCACUUGGUGGAGGAACUGGAUCUGGAAUGGGAACUCUUCUCAUUUCAAAGAUUAGGGAGGAAUACCCUGACAGGAUGAUGCUCACUUUCUCUGUUUUUCCUUCUCCUAAGGUCUCUGAUACUGUGGUGGAACCCUACAAUGCUACUCUAUCUGUUCACCAGCUUGUUGAAAACGCAGAUGAGGUCAUGGUUCUUGACAAUGAAGCCUUGUAUGACAUUUGCUUCCGUAUUCUGAAGCUCAGUAACCCAAGCUUUGGUGAUCUGAAUCAUUUGAUAUCAGCAACUAUGUCUGGUGUCACAUGUUGUUUGAGGUUCCCUGGUCAGUUGAACUCUGAUCUCAGGAAGCUUGCUGUGAAUCUCAUUCCAUUCCCUCGUCUUCACUUUUUCAUGGUGGGGUUUGCACCUCUGACCUCCCGUGGCUCCCAGCAGUACAGGACUCUCAGUGUCCCUGAGCUCACUCAACAAAUGUGGGAUGCCAAGAACAUGAUGUGUGCUGCUGAUCCUAGGCAUGGACGUUACCUCACUGCAUCUGCUAUGUUUAGAGGAAAGAUGAGCACUAAGGAGGUUGAUGAACAAAUGAUGAAUGUUCAGAACAAGAACUCAUCAUACUUUGUGGAAUGGAUUCCCAACAAUGUCAAAUCCACUGUCUGUGACAUUCCCCCAACUGGUUUGAAGAUGGCUUCAACAUUUAUUGGAAACUCGACCUCAAUUCAAGAAAUGUUCCGCAGGGUGAGUGAACAGUUUACUGCUAUGUUCAGGAGAAAGGCUUUCUUGCAUUGGUACACAGGUGAAGGAAUGGAUGAGAUGGAAUUCACUGAGGCUGAGAGCAACAUGAAUGAUUUGGUUGCAGAGUAUCAACAGUACCAAGACGCCACCGCAGAUGACGAUGAGUAUGAAGAGGAGGAAGUAGAAGGGGAGGAUUAUGAUCAACAUGACAUCUGA